UUCGCAGCACAAAUAUAACAAAAGAAGGGAGCUGUAACAUGUAAGUGGUCUGUGAUACAGCUGCUGUACAUUAAACCUCCUGGAUAAGUUGCAGAGGUCAAAACUUGGUCUUUUUCCCUUCCUUCAGAAUGACUCCUCUUUGGACUGCUCUAAUUUUUGUUCUUCUGGCACUAUUCUUAUGGAGAUGGUCACGACCUAAAAAUUUUCCUCCAGGACCCUGGGCUGUGCCUGUGUUUGGAAAUUUCUUACAAGUGGACUUCAGUAACCCUCUUCCAGAAUUUAAAAAGCUGGCUAAGAAGUAUGGGAAUGUGUUCAGCAUCUACAUGGGCAACAAUCUCGUAGUCGUUCUGCAUGGAUAUCAUGCACUAAAGGAAGCCCUAGUAAACUAUGGGCCUUUGUUUGCUGACAGACCAGUUGAUCCAAUGCUUGACAGGCUGCUAGAGAACAGAGGUAUUGUUGGAGCCCGCUAUGGCCAAAGCUGGAAAGAACAGAGGAGAUUUUCCCUGACACUGCUGAAAAAUUUUGGUCUAGGAAAAACAUCAAUGGAAAAACAGAUCUUUGAAGAGGCAAAACACAUGGUAAAAUAUUUUAAAGAGAAUGAAGAUCCGGUGACACUAGCAAACCAAAUGAAAAAUGCUGGUGGUAGCAGUACUGUAAAUGAAGCAUUAAAUAUUGUGACGUUAACAGAGGCAGCAUUUUGUUGGCAAUCUGAAAACUUUGUAAUUCCAAAUUAUCCAUUUCUCUUGCAGAUCUACAAUGCAAUACCUUUAAUCCGAGGCCUUCCACUGCCAUUCCAAAAAGCUUUUAAAAACAUGGACAUUGUUAAAGGAUUCCUGCAUGAUAUAAUAGGGGAGCACAAAAGGACAUUCACACCAGGAGAACCCAGAGACUUCAUAGACAAUUAUUUAGAAGAAAUUGCAAAGAGACAAAAUGACGGGUCUUCAUUUACUGAUGAAAACUUGCAUUCUUUAAUGUUUGAUCUACUGGAAGCAGGAUCUAAUACACAGGCUUCUGCGACAUUAUGGUCAUUGCUUGUUCUGAUGACAUACCCUGAUAUUCAAGAGAAGUGCUACAGUGAGAUCCACUCAGUUUUUGAUGGCAAAGAAGAAAUAAGUUACACGGACAGAGCCGACAUGCCAUAUACAACGGCUUUCAUUCAUGAAGUGCAACGAUUUGCAGCUAUAGCUCCAUUUGGAGUUUCCCACUGUUUUACCAAAGAGGUUUCUUUUCUUGGAUAUACCAUCUCACCAAAUACUCGUGUAAUGAUUGAUCUCUCCUCAGCACUCUGGGAUGAAUCCCAGUGGAAAUUCCCUAAUGAGUUCAAUCCAGCCAAUUUCCUCAAUAAUAAUGGAGAGUUUGUUAAGCCAGAUGCAUUUUUUGCCUUUUCAGCAGGUCCAAGAAUGUGUCUUGGAGAGAAUCUUGCUCAUAUGGAGACCUUCAUUAUAAUUUCAACCUUACUGAAGCACUUUGAGUUUUUUUGGCCUGAUAAGUCUACAGUUCCAGACCUUAAACGUGUAUUUGCCAUAGUCCAUUUUCCAAUUCCUUAUAAAGUGGGUUAUAAAAGCAGAUGAAGUUGCUUAAUAUGCGACUUGAAACAAAUCUUGAACAAAUCAGAAUCUUCAUUCUGAAUUAAUGUUUGCUUUGCUUUUAAUGUUACUUUUAUUUUAAUUCUCUUAAUUAACAUUAUCUGUUAAAUAUUCUGUGCUGUAUAAAACUUAAUGUUAAUCCAUUCUGUGGAAUAUUAUACUUAAGUAACCAGUUGUGGGAAUGGCUGAUAUGUUUCUUGUAAAAUGUGCAUACAUUCAGAGACUGCAGCCUGCAACAGGUAAUCACUACAUACCUAAUAAUGAGGCUUUUAAAAGUAUUUUGUUUAAUAGGUUUAUGCUACUCCCUUACUCACCCAUAGAAAAUUAUUGAUACAUACUUAUUAGCACAUUUCCUUGCUUGCUGCCUCAGCUGUCACUGCCGGUCACAAAACAUCUGACUGCUUCUUUCUCCCUGUUCUUGGAAUUACAUUUAGUUUGAUGUAUGCAUAAUUUAAUUAUUUUAUUUUAUGGCUUUGUUAACUGGGUAAGUCUGCUAGGCACAACUGUCCCUUUUCUAUAUUUACCCAGGAGUACUAACUGAUUAAGGGACUUGCUCAGAGUUAUAUAGUAGACUAACAGAGCUGGAAGCAAUCAAACAUUGUACAUUGGCUACAGGAAAGCUUUAAUACUUUUUUGCUAACUGCUAGGAAUUAUUUUAAAGUUCUAUUGGUUCUUAUGACUCCCAGAUUUAUGCAAUAAUCAGCCAUCCCUGAAGGUUUUCACUAUAUGGUCACUUAGGUGACAUUUAUUUAGCUACAUACAGCUGUCUUCAGUUAUGAAAUACAGACAGUUAUCAUUCACAGACCACAGCUAUACAGGAAGGUGUAAUACUUCCACCUCAAAAAAGAUAGAGAACAACAGAGGAUGGCAUUUGUUUCCCUGAUAAUCUGAGUCUGACUCUUUCAAUAUUAAAAUGCAAUCUGGCAUUAAAUUACAAGAUAGCAUAUUUAUGUGAAAAUUCUGAGUUUGUUUCAUAUAAAAUCCUGCCCUGGUGUCUCUGCCUCUGCUUUUUUUACCUUGUAUUGAAUCACAGCUAUAAUGUGAAUGCAUGUUAUUUUUAAUGUUAGUGGUCCCUGACUAAAUUAAACUGAAUUAAUUUGACCAGAAUAAAUCUUUGGUUUAAAAUGGCAAGCAUGCUCCUGUGGAUGAUGUGAGGCUUCUUUCUUUUCAUAAGACAUCUACAGAGUAAUCAUCUCAUGGUCAAGAAAAUAAGAUGAUACAGAAGGUGUUUUUCUACAUACUGACUCAUGACAGAACUUAUCAGAGUAGCAAGUUUUGAAAACAUACUGGAUCCUUUCCCUGGAAGGUUAACGUCACCAUCAGUUAUCUCUGAACUAUAUGAGUCAAGUUUUGUCAUCAUGUAGAGCCUCAGAAAUAUAAGAAAAUGUUAAACAUUUUUAGUUUAGCUGCUAAAAUGGAAACUUUCUUUUGUGAAUCACCACAUACAGACACACAACAAAUUUUUGCCUUGAAGAAGUAGAUGUCUGAACCACAUUCAAAGUUGUUCUGACCCUAUAAGGGAAACAUUAGCCAGGAUUUAAAAAACAUGGUAUAUUUUAACUGUGUUAGUUACAUAAGACCUGGCUACUUAGGUUGUGAUCACUAGAAGGGUUGGGUGACAGGCUGUGCAAGAUGUCUACAGUUUAACUGAAUGAAUAAGGUUUGACUGUGUUAUUCACUGUAUUUUGCAUAUUGUUUUGUGAAUACUGUUUUGCUUAUCGCUGCAAAACCCUUAUUAUAAGUCUUUAAAUUGCUAUGACAACUGUGUAACUGACAGGGAUCCCAGUGGUCCUCUUCACCUGCCUAUAAAACAAAUAAAUAAAUGCUAUUUUGUAAUCAUA